CUUUGAUAAACAAGAGGUUUUCCUGUGCGAGAGCUGAUUUCCUGACCGCCCAGAGAGAUUGCAAAUGGCCACCAACACUUUCUCUCACCCAGCGUGGUGGAAAGAAUCGGUAAUCUAUCAGGUGUACCCAGCAAGUUUCAAAGACAGCAAUGGCGACGGAUGGGGCGACCUCAAAGGCUUAACGAGCAAGCUGGACUACAUUAAGGAGCUAGGAGCGAACAUAAUAUGGUGUAGCCCAUUCUGUAAAAGCCCACAAAAGGACAUGGGCUACGAUAUCAGCGACUACUGCGACGUGGACCCCAAAUAUGGGACGCUAGCGGACGCAGACGAACUUAUUGCUGAGAUGAGGAAAAGAGAUAUGAAGUUGAUGGUUGACCUGGUGGUGAACCACACUAGCGAUCAAGCGAAGUGGUUUCUAGAGUCGAGAUCGUCAAAAGAGAAUUCAAAGAGAGACUGGUAUAUAUGGAGACCAGCUAAGUACGAUGCCGACGGAAAACGACAGCCACCGAACAACUGGUCCAUGAUCCUCGGUGAGGAGAGCAGUGCGUGGACAUGGGACGAGCAUACGCAGGAAUACUACCUUUCCCUGUUCACCCCCUACCAACCAGACCUCAAUUGGGAAAAUCCGGAGGUACGUGCUGCCGUUCACGACGUUCUUCGCUUUUGGCUGGACCGCGGAGCGUGUGGCUUUCGCAUGGACGUUAUCAACCUCAUCUCCAAAGUCCCGGGACUGCCUGAUGCCGAGGUGGUUGCUCCAGACCAUCGAUUCCAACCAGGCUUCAAACAUUUCGCAAAUGGGCCACGGUUGCAUGAAUAUCUACAUGAGAUGAAUCAAAAGGUUUUGAGCAAGUAUGACGCUGUAACUGUCGGUGAGAUGCCAUGGGUUCGGGAUGAGGACGAAAUACUGCGUGCUGUACACCCUGAUCGACAAGAACUGAGUAUGAUAUUCCUUUUCGAACUUGUGGACAUCGACAACAUUCCGGGAUCGUACCGAAUGACUAUGUACGACUGGAAGCAGUCAGAAAUCCGUCGGAUUUUGGCACAUCAGCAGGAAAUGAUGCAACGACGAGGUGGUUGGAAUUCAUUAUUCAUAGAGAAUCAUGACAACCCACGUUCCGUUAGUCGUUAUACAAGUGACGACGAGCAGUACCGUAAUCACUGUGCAAAGCUGUUGGCACUGAUGAUGACAACGUUAAGCGGUACAGUUUUCGUAUACCAGGGACAGGAGCUCGGUAUGAAGAACUUCGCAGGUGAGACGAACCCGGAAGAGUACAUGGACGAUGUUGAAUCAAUAAAUUACUGGAAGAAGAUGAAGACAAUGUACGGCCAUGACGCAAAGAUGAUGGACCAUGCAAAGCAUGUCGUCAAUGCAAAGUCAAGGGACCACGCAAGAACACCUAUUCCUUGGACGGAUGAGACACCAAACGCUGGAUUUACGGAGCCAUCUGUGAAGCCAUGGAUGAAACUAGUACCAGAUUUCCAAACAAUCAACGCCAAAGCUCAGGUCAACGGCCAUGAUCCUCAAAACGAGUCUGUUUUCCAAUUCUGGAAACGAGCAUUAACCCGUAGACAAAAAAACAAAAGCGUCUUUGUCUAUGGCCAAUUUGACAUCGUCGGUGAUGAAAAAGGCAACGACGAUCCAAUCUUCGCGUACACAAAGUCGGACGGCUCGGAUAAAUGGCUCGUGGUGUUGAACUUCUCUGAAGAUGCAAGAAACUGGAGGGUGCCAAGUAAUGUCCAAAUCAAGCAGUGGAUCGCAGGUAAUUACAUAAACGGCGUGCUGCAAAAGCAAUCAUCCGACAUCGUCUCGCUGAAGCCUUGGGAGGGUCUCCUUGGACAGUGUAAUUAGAAUAGACGAGCAGCCUGUGUAGGUGCACUGGACUAGACACCCGGAAGUUACGGUGCCUGUAAAGGAAACAGAGCAUGUCGGUGGACUCUGGGCUUUAGACAGUCAAUGUUAUCUCCCAUUCUUCAAGAAAAA